AGCUACAAGAACCUUAGAAGGGUUAUCAUGAGUUCAAAGCACAAGAAAAUAAUACAAGCUAAAGCGUUUUCAGUUUUCUCUUAUCGUAAUUGAAUCUACUUCGAGGUAUUAAGGAUUGAGAGGAAAACAUUUCAGAUAAAAAGCUAUAUGGGCCUUUGGAAUCUUGCCAAGAUUGAUUCUAUGUUAUUCAAGCACCAACAUCAUUCUACUGAAAUGUUAUUGGAGGUUUUCUGCAUGAAUAUUUGAAAAGUGUUGAGCAGAUCGAUAUUGGAAAACCAGGUGUGUCGGCUAAAGGCAAUGUGAAAUUUUUCCAUAGAGCUCUCACACGCAUAGCGUGACUUAAAAAAAAUGCUCUCUCAUUUCGUGUCAGUCAAUUAAGAUUUUUUACCUACUUCACACGGAAAAUUUAGAGUACCAUUGGCUAAUGGUCGAAUAACAUUGCCGAGGCGUUGUACCGCAAAUAGACAAUAUUGGUAUAAUACUGCAAAUCCACUUUCCUGCCCACAUACUCUUUAUGUUCCUGCCUCGCCUUCACCAUAUUGUCAUACUGAAGCACUUGGUAAUAACGAACAACACUGACUGUUCCGUUUAGUUCGUGUUUCCUUUGCUAGCUGUCGUGUCGGUCUGUGUGACCUUUCCAGACGCUAUGAAUGUCACUGUGAAUUACCCAGCGUAUAAUGUCUCACAUGAAGAUUGUUCUCUUCCAGUUGCUCAUGGUAUCACUCUGAUAUCAGUCAAUUCUAUCUUGGGUGUUUUCGGAACAUUUGGUAACUUAAUGGUUUGCGUGGCAGUUGCCACAAAUCUUCGUAUUCGACGACCAUCAAACUUCCUUCUGGUUAGCUUGGCCAUCGCUGAUUUGAUCGUCACCAUGGUUUGUGAGCCUCUUGUUGUGGCCAUCCUCGCUAAGAUCACGUUCGUCAAGGACUGUGCACCCAACCUGGAAGUAGUGUACAAGAUAACAUCCAGAGUAUCCUGCUCUGCCUCAGUGGUGCACCUAGCAGCGAUCAGCGUGGAUCGUUUGUUGGCUGUGACGUAUCCUCUCAGUCAUGAGAUCAUGAUGCAGAACUACGGACUCAAGAUUAUGCUCAUAGCUUGUUGGACCUUCUCCUUGGCGGUCCCUGUUAUGAGCGCUGUAAUUCCAGAUUCCUUCCCAAAAGCUUUACUAGGAGCAGGGACCUUCGCCGCGAGUUACAUCAUCAUCAUAGUGUCCUACGCGUUGAUCAUGAUAUUUUUGAUAAGAUUAAAGAACAGGAGACGCCAGAAUAAGGGGCAGGCACUUUCGGUGCACGUCAGUUCUCGAGUUGAGGUACGUGUGGCCUGCACUCUGGCGAUAGUGAUCGCUGUUUUCACUAUUUGCUGGUUUCCACUAGUUAUCACUUUGUUCGUGGCUGGCAAGGCGCUUGUCCAACCCCAGGGAGUCGCUCACAUGUGGAUUAGGACUCUUGCUCUGUCAAACUCUGCCAUGAACUUUCUAAUCUACAGUUUAAGAAUCCGUGACUUCCAUGAGGCAUAUGGCGUUAUUUGUCGAAGAAUCUGCAGCUUUUUUCUCUGUAAGACUCAAGUAUCACUAAAUUUGUCUCAGUGAAUACCUUUAAUUCGUGGGCUGUUAGCCAAGAUCAGAUAACAUUUCAUAAAAUUGAGAUGCACCGUGCUAUUUCACUAGAGCGUAUCGUCAGAGCUUGAAAUAUGAACCAAAACUCUCUGGGUUUGUAAAAAGUGACUUCGUAAUAAAAAACCCGAAAAGUGGGCGUCUUAACACUGAACACCGAAAGCUUACCAAAUUAGGUUACUUCCACAAUUCAUUACAUGAACUGAGGGACUCAAAGGCUUAGAAAAGUAAGAAAUAGAUAAAUGAAUUUACCAACCGUCUGAUUCACCAGUGCCAAACAAAUUGUCAGACCUAGAUCCUAUCACUAUGAAUUUAAAUGAAGGCCAUUAUAUGGAAGGAGCUGGCCAUGGCUUGAUAAAACUAUUCUAUCGAGCUAUUAUAAAUCAAAUUGGUUCUGUCGCUUUCAUUAAAAUCAUAUUGAUUGGUAGGAUCUAUUUACUAGACCAAGAUUGCUGUUGAGAAACAGGAAAUGAUUCUCUUCCAGCAGGGUAAGGCCACGCAACAGAUGAUAUAAAAAUGUUUUAAAGUAUGCAUCAA